AUGAGAAUCGUGAAUAAAUUCAAGCGAGAUGUUGUGAAAAGCGGAGUCGAUGCUGUUAUUUAUUUUGUCGGAGUCGCGAAUUUGAUCAUAAUUUGCGUCGCUUAUGGUCUUGGCGAGUGGGUGAGGGGAACUACCAGCAAUGAUUUGUCCAGCGCGCCGAUGAUCAAAGGCGACUGUAUCGACGCAAAUGGCGGCAAUCACUGUAACGUCAAUAUUGGGCUUUUUCAAUUCUGGAAGUACGAUAAGGGCAGUUCUCAGGGACAGUCAUGGAACGCCAAGCUGAAAAAUUGCGAAGCUGGUGGCGAUUUUUACCUUAGACUUGGGCUCAAUGGAAUGCGAAAUGGGGCCGAUUCUAGAGCUGUUCGAAGCGAGCCACUUCUGUGUGAGCAUUCGAACUGUACUGGAGUCGGAAAUGAGCUGUGCGUCCGCCUCAUUGUUCCGAUGAAUUCGCUUGAAUUGACCUGGUGCUGGAUCGGCAUCGCGAUUGGCUUGUCUGUUGGCGUUGUUGGAAUACCCUUUGCCAAUUUUGGCAACUACACUGUGAGAUGGAUAAUUGUCGGAUAUUUGGACACCUUUUGCUGGAUUCUGCAGAUGAUGGCGCUUUUAUCUGUCAGAUCGGCGUUUGAAAAUAUUGUCGACUCGGACAAAUUUACUUACAAAAUGUUCCCAGUUUCUGAUAUUGAGCGAUUUACAGAGUACUACGGCUGGGAUUUUUGUCAAAUUCUUCUUUUUUGCACGAUGAUUAUCAGUGCUUGCCAUGCAGUUGCUUGUUUCUACAUAACCUCCUUCGAAAUCCCGCGACCGUAUUCCGCAAAACGCGCCUAUCGAGAAAAACUUGAAGCACUCAAAAAAGCGAUCAAACGAAAACGCCGGGAAAACGAAGAAGCGAUGAAAAGGAGGCUAAAGGAGCGGGCGAGGCAGGAAGAACUGAAAAGACAACAACUAGAUCAGCUGGCGAGAAUCACGAAUACGAGAAAAAGCGUCAUGAUCAAGUCGCAAAUAAGACGAAAUACGAUGAUGAGGCCCAAGUCGCCUGGAAACGGUCUUCCGAGGAGGUCGAUCGCGAGGAAAUCGCUCUGCAAACGCGAUUUGAACCUCAACGAAAAUGACAAACUCCAAGCAAAUGCUCGAAAAAAGAGCUUGAUGAUGAAGCGAAUCUACGACAAUCAACUCUCCGCGCAAGGGAUUAAUCGAAACGACAUUCCACUUGAUGAGCCAAAGGACACAUUCGUCUUUCCUUCGCCGGAUGAGCCAAAAAAGAGCGCAAAUCUCAACGACGCAAUCGCCAAUUAUCGAAAAACUCUCGAAGCCGAAGAAGUUCCCCCGACGCCGAAAUCUUCCGAUGGUGCUUUUCUGAUUCCUUCUUCUCCGACUCCGAAAUUCGCUGAUAUUUGA